CUCUGCUUCUCACACCACAAGACACAAGCAAGAGACUCACAACAAGUUCCAACAAGUUACACAGAACCAUUGUUAUCAGUACUUCCUGUCAUACUGUGCAUGUCCAAAGAACAGUUCCCACAGAAAAUGUCCUUGCACAGACAAAAGAAUCAGCCUUCUGCUUCUUUUUGAAACUUCGUCUCUGUUCUUCUCUGUUUCUGGAACAAAUGAUGAGAAAAUAUCCAAUAGAACCAAGUGGGGAAUGUCCUAUUUUGUAUCCCUACUGUUCUGUGCCCUUAUUGACCAUUAUGGGGUGAAGCACAAAUCGGAGCUGAUAUGAUAUCUAGAGUUGGAUGAUAGCUGUCACUUGAGACCGUCCUAAGAACCUUAGUCUUUCACAAUGCCCAUACGUAAUAUUCAUUAAUAUUCCUAAGGUGAUGCUAGGUUGUUAUCAUUUUCUUGAUGGACGCUAUGGUUUGUAGCCAGUGCUUAUCCUGCUCAGAGUAGACCCAAUGAAACUAAAGGACAAUUAAUGAAAUGGUUAUUAAUUUCAGUGGGUCUGCUCUGAGUUGGAAUAGCCCUGGUUAAAACCCACUGUGUCCCUGAAAAUUGUAUGGCAUACAGAAAACUGCAGGUGGAGUUUUCUUUCCUACUCCUGAUGGGGAAACACCUGAACGUGUUGAAUUUCUGCCUGACACAGCUGCUAGACAUACAGAGUGCCUGGGGGUGGGGUGGUGAGUGACAGCUAUAAAUAAAGGUGUUUAUCGUUUUUUUCUAGCUCAAAAUCUCAAUCGACAAUGGGGUCAAAUAUGUUUUACUAGGUGUUUGUGUUCUGCCCUUGGAAUGUUGCUACUUACCGUAUUUUUCCAUGUAUACGACUAGUGUUUUUUUUAACCAAAAAAUUAGGUUUAAAAUUGGGGCUCGUCUUAUACACGGGUUGUGCUGAGGGGUGUUUUCUUAAUUUGGAGUCCCCCAAAAUAGGGGGCGUCUUAUACAUGGGGGCAUCUUAUACACGGAAAAAUACGGUACAUUGCAUAUUUUGAAAGUACGUACUGCACUUCAAAAGGGUAAUUUGUUCCCAGCUUCAUUUUGGAUUUUCAUUAUGGCGAUGGCUGCUAGAGUGAGGCGAUUUAAGGGAUUGCCUUCAUUACACAGCACAGCAGAUUACGUUUCCAAGGUGAGCACACGCAAGCGCUGUAAUACCAUCUUAUUGCAAUGGUAUUGCUGGCAUCCUCUUCACUAGAGUUACCGUAAUUUAUUCCCUCCUUCCCCUCCUCUUCGUUUUGUUCUAGAUAUACACUUUCCUUAGAAAGCGAAGAAUUUCAUUACCAUUCAGGAUUUACUGCAGCACAUGGAAUGAAUAGAAUGAGUCCUCUCCCAGAUAAUACCUUUCAGUUAUGACCACAAAGACCAAAGAGGUGAUCAAAACCCAUCACUCACAUUCAGAUGUUCACAGCUUGCCUAUCCAGGGCGAAAACGAAAGUACAAAAGGAGUGAAAAAUGGUGAAAGCAGCAAAUCUGAUGGCGAAAAGGAAAAAGAAAAGGACACAGUGGCCAAGGAAAAUAAGGACCGCCAAGAGAGACAGAAAGAUAAAGCUGAGAAGAAAAAUAAGGAAGAGGAGGAGAAGAAAGAGGUAUUUGUUAUUGAUCCCUCGGGAAACUUGUAUUACAACUGGCUGUUUUGCAUCACUCUGCCUGUCAUGUACAAUUGGAUAAUGAUCAUUGCUAGAGCCUGCUUUGAUGAACUUCAAAGCAACCAUCUAGAGGUGUGGUUCAUUUUUGACUAUAUAUCAGACAUUCUCUAUGUUGCUGACAUGUUUGUACGUACAAGAACAGGUUACCUGGAACAAGGUUUGUUGGUGAAAGAAGAACUUAAACUUAAGAAAAAAUAUAAGGGAAUGGUACAAUUUAAAUUAGAUGUACUUUCCAUCAUUCCAACUGAUCUACUUUACUUCAGGUUAGGCUUGAACUACCCAGAAAUACGAAUAAACAGAUUACUUAGAAUAUCACGUAUGUUUGAAUUCUUCCAGCAAACAGAAACAAGAACAAGUUACCCAAAUAUAUUCAGAAUUUCAAAUCUUGUCAUGUAUAUUAUAAUAAUUAUCCACUGGAAUGCAUGUAUAUAUUUUUCAAUCUCCAAAGCCAUAGGCUUUGGAACAGACACAUGGGUCUAUCCCAAUAUUAGCCAUCCUGAAUUUGGCCGGCUGGCUAGAAAGUAUCUUUACAGCCUUUACUGGUCCACACUGACCUUGACAACUAUUGGUGAAACACCACCUCCGGUGAAAGAUGCUGAGUAUUUAUUUGUCGUUGUUGACUUCUUAGUUGGUAUAUUAAUUUUUGCUACCAUUGUUGGUAAUAUUGGUUCUAUGAUCUCCAACAUGAAUGCUGCCAGGGAAGAAUUUCAAACAAGGAUUGAUGCUAUAAAACAGUACAUGCAGUUUCGGGAUGUGAGCAAAGACUUAGAAAACAGAGUUAUCAAGUGGUUUGAUUAUUUGUGGACAAAUAAGAAGGCAGUAGAUGAAAGAAAAGUCUUGAAGUAUCUCCCAGAUAAAUUACGAGCAGAAAUUGCCAUCAAUGUUCAUCUGGAAACUUUAAAGAAAGUCCAGAUUUUUGCAGACUGUGAAGCUGGGUUACUGGUUGAGCUAGUCUUAAAACUACAGCCUCAGGUGUACAGUCCUGGAGAUUAUAUCUGUCGGAAAGGUGACAUUGGGCGAGAAAUGUACAUCAUCAAAGAAGGGAAACUUGCUGUGGUUGCUGAUGAUGGAGUUACUCAAUAUGUGGUCCUAAGUGAUGGCAGCUACUUUGGGGAGAUUAGCAUUCUUAACAUUAAAGGUAGCAAAGCUGGAAAUCGGAGAACAGCUAACAUUAGAAGCAUUGGUUAUUCAGAUUUGUUCUGUCUGUCUAAAGACGACCUAAUGGAGGCUUUAACAGAAUACCCAGAUGCAAAGGCCUUGUUGGAAGAGAAGGGAAAGCAAGUCCUUAUGAAAGAUGGACUGCUGGAUUUAGAUGUUGCAAACGCAGGAAGAGAUCCUGAAGAUAUCGAGGAAAAGGUCAACCAAAUAGAAGUAAUGCUUGACUGUUUACAAACAAGGUUUGCCAGACUUUUGGCUGAAUAUGGUGCUGCACAGCAAAAAUUGAAAAUAAGGCUAACACAAGUUGAGAGCAUCAUCAAAGCACCUAUGGAUUUUGAUUUAUCAAAUUUAGAAGAAACUGAAGAAUGAAAAGAAUAGAAAUGUAGAUAUUGUAAGCACUGCCGAAUCUGUAAUAAAGAGUCUAAUAAAAGACAAAAUAAGAAGGCUUCAUUGAACAUGGAA